AUGAAGAACGAGAUUAUCGACGCAGCCAUACCCGCAGUCGCAGUGCCGAUAGAGAGGCUUCGAGAUCUCAUAGACAUCGCGAUUAUGAUUAUGAUCGUAGGGAACGUGAAAAACACAGGGAUAGGGAAAGUGAUCGUGAUCGCCGUCGUAGCCGUAGUCGUGAACGUCACAGGAGGCACAGUCGUGAGCGUAGAGAUUACGACCGCCGUGGUAGUUACGACGAUUAUGAACGGAAAAGGAGACAUGAGGACGAUAAAGGGACAGAUCGACGCAGAAGUAGAA